CGAAGUCGAUCUAGGGUCAACAUCGACAACGAGUUGACGUCGGCCGAGAACUCUGGAGAGAUCUCUCCAAAGGUUCAAAGGUAAGCCUGAACCUGCCCAGUCUUGGUGAAAUCCCAUAAAGGGCAAAACAACUCCUUAAUUCGACAUCUGACGCAUGAAGUGCUCAAGCCCAGACGGCUAGAUUUUCUAAAGGUAUGAAGAUUCGACCUCUAUAAAUAUAACGGAAGGCUGAACCCUAAAGGUACGCUAAAUAACUCUACUCUCAAUAUUCAACAACUUUCAAUUCUAACUUAAGCAUCAGAGUCUAUGUGACUAGCACCACACCGGUGUAAGUAUUAUUUGUUUUGCAGGUAAACAUUUGUUCCCGUUUCAUUAUUAAUUGCUGCAAAUUUGGUGGAAUCUCGAAGAACGACUUAAAUUCUGCAUCAACGCUACCCUUUUAUGCUGGGUAGGACAAAACGCAAUCAGCCUCCUUCAAUUAGUAAUGAAGACAAAAUCAGGAGAGUAAAGGUAGAGAGAGAUUCACACUCACGAGGCACUGUUUACAAAGGUUGGGAGGCAAGAUCUACAAUGCCCUCCCUCCCGGCCACAUGGGUUGGCCUCUUCUCGGCUCCUCUCUGUCGUUCUACAAAGCAUUUAAAAUCGGCGGCGACCCCAAUUCCAUCAUCAACCAUCUCGUUUCCCGAUACGGAAGAGUUAGGAUGUACAAAAGCCACCUCUACGGGAGCCCGGUGAUUAUCGUGACAGAUCCAGAAGUGUGCCGACGUGUAUACUUAGACGACGAGCGCUUCAAGCUGAGCUAUCCAAAGUCAGUGAACAUAUUGCAAGGCGAUCGUUCACUGCUGAAGAUAGACUACAAAAUAGUGCACAGGCUGAUGGCAGCUCCCAUAAAUGGGAGCGAGGCGUUGUCCAAGUAUAUGGGGUUCAUUGAGGAAGCCGUGGUGAAGGGGCUGGAGGAAUGGGGCAGCGUGAAGGGGCCGGUGGAGCUGCUCCUUGAAUUCAAACGCCUCACAUUCAAAGUGAUUACAGGGGUUUUUUUGGGGCCUGCUUUCACAGACUCCGAAAUUGCUCAGCUUGAGAAUUUGUAUGCAGAGAUUGGGCUCGCAAUCUUGUCCAUUUUCCCUUAUGACUUGCCUGGAUUUAGUUACCGCCGAGCUCUCAAGGCGAGGAGUAAGGUAGAAAAUAUAGUCCGACCUGUGAUAGAAAGGAGGAGAAGAAUAUUAGAAGAGAACGAAGAAUUAGAAGAGACAUGUCAAAUGGACGCAGUAAUUAAGGCCACAGAUAAGAAUGGGGAGAAAAUAUUCAAUGACAAUGCAAUUUUUUGCAUGCUUCUUGGACUUCUAUAUGCUGGUUAUCAUACCUCAGCUCAUGGUGCUCAAUGGACAAUGGUUCAUGUUUCAGAAAACCCGGAUGUCUACCAAAAGGCCAAGGAAGAACAAGAGAUGAUCAUCAAGCAAAGACCCUCUACACAAAAGGGAUUGAAUUUUAAAGAAAUUAAACAAAUGAAGUACGCCACAAAGGUCAUUAAUGAGAUGCUAAGAUUGAAUAACAUUGUUUUUACAACUUUCCGCGUGGCAACCACAGAUGUAAAUGUCAAUGGUUAUAUUAUACCAAAAGGAUGGGCUGUACCAAUAUGGAAUAGAGGCGUCCAUAUGGAUCCUGAAAUAUAUCAAAAUCCAUUGGAAUUUGAUCCUUCAAGAUGGGAUAACUAUGUUCCAAAACCAGGGGAGUUUAUCCCAUUUGGAUUGGGAAGUAGGUAUUGUCCUGGAAAUGAACUUGCAAGACUUGAAAUUUGCAUUUUGCUUCACCAUUUUCUCCUUGGCUACAGAUGGGAAAGAGUCAAUCCAAAAGCUCCACUCAGCAACAUUCCUGUUCCUGCACCGGUUGACAAUUGUCUCACCAAAAUAACUAAACUCCAAAGUUAUUAGUUGUUUCCGUUGGAGAUUUAUAUUUUGGAUUCGAAUUUACGAUCUAGAAUGAAACACGAACUUAUUUUUUACUACUCAACUAUGUUAUGUCAAGUUGAUGACAAUAAAUUUAUGUUUGUUCGUGUUGUUUUUUAAGUUUGGAGUAUGUUUUAAACACGGUUGUUGUUUUAGGGUGUAUUUGGAAGUAGUGGUAGAAUUAGUGAUUUUUAAAAAAGAGAUUUAAAGAUGUUAAUGCUGAUUUCCAAUGUCGGAGGGAGCUAACGUGGAUGAGUAGUUGAGGUGCUCACAAGUGAAACCUGCACAAGGAACAAACAUUCCGACGUCUAAGUCAGUGUGAGCGCAAAGUCUUAAGUCGUUCUCAGAUAGAAUUGCUUACCUGGUUAAUGGAGGGAGUGUCCCUUUUAUAGGCAGGUGGGGGGAGAUAAUACCAUUAGAUUGGUUACGACAUGCCGUUACGGCUGUUGGACCCCAGGUUGGUGGUCGGACCUAAGACCGGAGUCCUUAGGUCGGGUAAUGUCUUUUCUUCAUUUUAGCUCAAUGCAAAGGAGCUCGUUGAGUUCUGAUGGUCUAUUUGUUGUGA